AUGAUAGUGAAAUGCAUACACAGGCACCUCCUGUCAGGCCAACAACAGCAAAAGUUUCUCAAUGAAUACAAAAUCCGAACCAUGUUGGAACAACCUAUAUUCCACUAUUCCAGGAAACCACUUCCCCAGCUUCUGUUGGGCCAAUUGUACAAGCAGUCAGAAAAGCUAUCGUCGAGUUUCAUUCUACAGAAUGCUCGGGAAACUAUUGAACAUCUACUCAUCUACAAUGCUAGAAGGUUGCGAGAGUUUAGAAGUCUUCCAUAUCUUGUUGUUCUUAAUCCAUCAAUUCUGGAGAGCUAUGACUCUUAUCUCCAGCUGAUGAGUGCCUUGCUUAAGGCUAGCUUGUAUACACCACACACCCCGGAAGAGAAUGCCGAAUUUACAGAAACAGUCUUGAGCGAAUUUAUCGAUAUACAUGCUGAUACGUUGCCCAGCUUGUCCAAGGGAUUUGGCGAAGUGAGCAAUCUUUUGAGUAUGAAACAGAUUACCCAAUUUUUGGAUCGCCAUUUGAGAGAGAGGAUAAGUAUGCGACUUAUUGCUCAUCAGCAUAUUGAGUUGUCGCGAUCAAUUGCAGGGGAUUAUGUCCCAGGUGGGAGAUACAACGGGGUGGUUAAGUUGCUACAUCUACCCGACGUUAUCAGAAAGAAUGCCGAGGUAGUGAAUGAUAUCACAAUGAUGAAGUAUGACCAAUCUGUGCAGGUGAAAAUUGAUACCAAUUUAGGAUACUACUGGAGCCAGGCAGACCCGGUUCCACCGGAGAAAGUUUUGAACUUCCCCUACAUUGAAUACCACUUGGACUAUAUAUUUAUGGAGGUUUUCAAAAAUUCUUUUAGGGCGCAUAUUGAAAACAAGAUUUCCGAUCCAGUUACAGUCACAAUAUCAGCAUCUCAACAAACACCUAGGUUUAUGGAAAUUCGCAUAAGAGACAAAGGUAAGGGCAUCCCCCCAAGGACUUUGAAACACAUUUUCGACUACUCAUUCACCACAUAUGAGAGUAACGAAGGAGAGAGUUUUAAAACGUUAAAUGUUCCACCUGAACAUCUUGGUGGUGGCCACUCAGUUGCAGGUAUGGGUUUUGGCUUGCCCAUGGCAAAACAAUAUAUCGAGGUGUUUAAUGAAGCAGUAGGUGAUUCAACGAAGGGGCUGUUGACAGUGCAAACGUAUCCUAGGUGGGGAACCGACGUGUAUGUGAAAACAGUAGGUCAGUAA